AUGUCGACUUCUUUUUUACAACAAAUGUCGAGCUUGGCUCUUUUUGUUCCAGUUUUCCGUUCCACCAAUCCUACAACGCCUUCUCUGAACACACUGGCUUCUGUUCCACAUCGUUUGCAUCUAGCUGAAGCGGUUACAUGCCCGCUUUUGAGCCGGGAUGAAAUCAACCAACUAAGUCCCUUCCAGCUUCGCCAUCCAGCCCAUAUCCGGGAAUGGUACUAUCUUUUCAAGAGAAACUUUCUGAUGGAAUCUCCUGUGUUUGACGACUAUUGCAACUUAUCGUGUGACGAAUUCCGACUCAGGUUCGAAGGUCUGCCGGCACAGAUUGAAUAUGCAAUUUCCAUAGUCGAAAUGCAGUUUCACGAUUGCUUGCGAAUGCUUCUUGCAGAUUUCGUGGGUUCCGUCGUCUUAUUGGUCCGUGAUUAUGUGGAAGAUGUACUCAUGGAAAACCUUGAAAAGUCGGAAGGUAAAGAGGUGUUUUCGAUACAACUCACUUUGCGCCGGAACCAUUUGAUGAAAAUGGCGGCUCUAGGCAACUUCCGUCCUUUGCUCCACCAUCUCCUUGUCUACUCUGCUACUCCUGAACAAAUUUGGCAAACGUUCAUUACAAGCCUCACUACUUGGAUUCCCAGUCCGUUGGUGCGAGUAGAUGACUUUGCCGACUCUAUUGCUGAGGCAAAGAAGGCAGGGCCUGACAUUUCCACCCAGAUCUCUUGGUGGUACCGCAAUACGAAGCAUUUGAGGAAAAAAUUCUGCCCAAUUCCUUACGCCUUGAAAUACAGGUCCCAAAACAAGAACAAUCGAAAGAAAGGUGUGCAAAACCAGAAGGCCCAAAUCAACAACCAAGAAGAAUACCAUCAAGGGAAAACCAAGGUGCAUUUUGUUUGCCGAACCAUGGAUGUCUCCAACACUAGAGAAGGACACUACGCGGAACCGAGCCAUUAUCUUUUCUACGAAAGUAUGACCGGACAAGGAUUCUUGAUCAAUCCGGAUGACGGUUUGUUUGGCGAUGAGUUUUCGUCUGACGACGACUAUUUUUCUACUUAG